ACAACAUGGCUGCCUCCUUAUGUGCGCAUUUCUGAGCCUCGCUAGCUUAGUUCUUCUCAGUCCUACUUCGAGUCAGAUCGCUUACGUGAUUUGUCUUCACGCGUGUAUGAAUGAGGAAGACUGACCAGUAAUAAUGAUGUUACUUUUAGCCUUGAUAGCAAAUUCUCUGUCCUUUGUAUCCGCCGCUGAGAUGCCAGGGUGUUUGGACAUUGCCUGGCUUUACACCGAAGCCUUCCUUUUAACCGUAUGGCACAACAGAUUAUACGUGUACACUGCAGCUGCGCUCCUUAUCGGGUUAUAUUUAACAGUGAAUAUGACCAUGAAAAAGAAGCUGGUCAACGCUGCACAAGCCAAAGUUUCCAAAUCGGAGAAGCAGAAAGCGCAAACACCUGAUAAAGAGAAGGUUGUCAGUGUUGCCGGUGUAAAGAUUUUCUACGGGUCACAAACCGGAACUGCAAAGGGUUUUGCCAGAGAGCUGGCAGAAGAGGUUCAGGCGCUUGGGUUCCAGUCUGAAGUGAUUGACUUGAAGGAUUAUGACCCAGAGGACAAGUUAUCAGAUGAGUGCACCAGUAAAACGAUUUGUGUGUUCCUCAUGGCCACGUACACCGACGGCAAGCCGACCCAGAGUGCCGAAUGGUUCUAUAAAUGGCUGGAGGAGGCAUCCACUGACUUCCGCUAUGGCAAAACCUACCUGAAAGGGAUGAGAUACGCCGUCUUCGGCCUGGGGAACUCCGUGUACGUUGGCCAUUACAACACGGUUGGCAAAAAUGUGGACAAGUGGCUGUGGAUGCUGAGCGCAGCCCGCGUUAUGAGCCGCCGUGAAGGCGACUGUGACGUGGUGAAAAGCCGAAACGGCAGCAUCCAGGCUGACUUCCAGGCGUGGAAAGUUGAUUUCCUGCGGCGCCUUCAGGCCCUGGCGAAAGGUGAGAAGACGACAUGCAGCUGCGAGUGCAAAAAAGGCUCUUGCAAGAAUAAAAAGAAGCACCACGAGGAAGAGGAGGGCGAGAAGCACAGCUCUGAGGAGCUGUUUGAGUCCAGCAGCGAUGCAGAGUCUGAAGGUGAGGAGCAGAAAGCUCACGGCUCCGUCAUCGACAUGGAGGAUCUCGGAAACGUCAUGAACAACAUGAAGAAAGCCAAGAAACAAAUAGAGGAGGAUGCAGCUGAACAUGGAAGACUGUCCAAGCUGAAUGGAUUGAAGAAGACUGAAGGGUCAGAGGAAGAGAGGAGGGAGAUGAUCACUCCAGCACUGAGAGACGCACUCACUAAGCAAGGAUAUAAACUAAUAGGCAGUCACUCUGGGGUUAAGCUUUGUCGUUGGACUAAGUCCAUGCUGAGAGGGAGAGGUGGAUGCUACAAACACACGUUUUAUGGCAUCGAGUCUCACCGGUGUAUGGAGACCACGCCCAGUCUGGCCUGUGCCAACAAGUGUGUUUUUUGCUGGAGACACCACACGAACCCUGUAGGCACUGAGUGGCGUUGGAAGAUGGACCCUGCUGAGAAGAUCCUCCAGGAAGCACUGGAAAACCACCGCAACUUGAUCCGCCAAUUCCGAGGUGUCCCAGGAGUCCGUCCGGAGCGUUUUGAGGAGGGUUUGGCGGUGAAGCACUGCGCUCUAUCUCUAGUGGGCGAGCCUAUCAUGUACCCAGAGAUCAACUCUUACCUGCGUCUCCUACACCAGUGCCACAUCUCCAGCUUCCUGGUCACCAAUGCCCAGUUUCCUGAAGAGAUCAGGAACCUGGUGCCAGUCACGCAACUGUACGUGAGUAUAGACGCCAGCACCAAGGACAGUCUGAAACGGAUAGACCGUCCUCUUUUCAAAGACUUCUGGCAGCGUUUCCUGGACUGCCUCAGAGCCCUCGGAGAGAAGCAACAGCGCACAGUGUACCGUCUGACCCUGGUGAAGGCCUGGAACGUAGACGAACUCAAAGCCUACGCUGACCUCGUUGCCCUCGGCCGGCCGGACUUCAUCGAGGUUAAGGGAGUAACCUACUGUGGCGAGAGCCCAGCCAGCAAUCUGACCAUGGCCAACGUGCCCUGGCAUGAGGAGGUUGUCCACUUUGUGCAGCAGCUCGCCAGCCUCCUACCCGACUAUGACAUCGCCUGCGAACAUGAGCAUUCUAACUGCCUGUUACUUGCCCAUCAUAAGUUUAAAGUGGACGACGAGUGGUGGACGUGGAUCGACUACGAGCGUUUCCAUGAGCUCAUUCAGCAGUACGAUGAGAGCAACGGUGCCAAGACCUUCUCCGCGCUGGACUACAUGGCCAAGACACCCAGCUGGGCCGUGUUCGGAGCUCGAGAGAGAGGCUUCGACCCCUCAGAUACACGCUUCCUAAGAAAAAACAAGACCAAAGACAUCUCUGGGUGCUGAAGCUUUUUUAGAUUUUUAACACCUGAAUAAGAGACGUAGCUUUUAUUGAAGACAUUAUUAAACGGAUGUCUUGUUCUGAAAGUCUUCAUGAAUCAAUAUUUCCUACAUAACGUUUUAAAUCAUAGGUCAUUUACUUUGGUUUCCAGUUCAGGAUCAGUGAGUCGUCAGUGUCAGUGUCGGCGUCUUUACUCACUAUAACAUUAUUCUUAUGUUUGGCUUUUGACAUUUCACACUUUCGCUCUACUAAAGACAUCAACAUUGCGCUCUCUGCAUGUCUCUUUUUCUACCUUUCCCCCUUUCACCUUGCAUGGCUGUUUUUGUUUCUUCUUUCCCUCAGUUUUCACCCAGAGAGAGUCAGAUUAAGGACUACAGCUUCAUUCCAUAACAUACACAGUCUUGCUUCAGUCUGGGAUAAAAAUAUUCCUUUAUUCUCUCUGUUUAAUUAAAAUGACACUUCACACACUGGCUAGUUCUCGUUUGUAAAAUUAGCAUAAGGCCGAGCGUGUCAUGAGCUCCAGUUCCUUAGUGAAGCCAGUACUGCUGUGAUUGGCACUGUUGUUUUUUUUUUCUUCUUCCUCAGUCUGUGUGCUCUCCUGCUGUGAAUGUAGAUGUUACUUGAUUUUGUUUUCAUUCGUUUCUUAUUAUAAUGUUGACGUGGAGUUUUUCAGGAUUUUUUUUCAGCUCACUUUAUGGUAUCUGGAUUUCAUGAAUGUUGACAUUGUGGUAACUGCAGUUUCCACAUCUGCUCAUUUUAGAUUGAUAAAAAGGUGUCUGGAGUGUGGUGGUGGUUUUAACUGUUUGUACCAGAAGGUGUGGUGCCUUAUUGAAUUCUGAUUAAAAUAUAUGAUCAUUA